AUGGCGAAUGAAAUUCAUUUUGGAGACAGAGAAUGCCGCCUGAAUGCUGAAAGUCAUUUACAAAAUGACAUUUGUAGACAAAGCCCACAAUUAUGCAAUGUUGAAGACAAAACCAGUAAAUGUGGUUGGUAUUACACAGGGACUGGUUAUGAAUACCAAUUGUUAGCAGGACCAUUAUUUAAUAUUAUAUUCAGUUUCACCAGUGUUCCUGUAGGACUUAUCUUAGAAAAAAAUAAAAGUAACAGAAAGAAUGUGAUAGCAAUCUCAGCUGUUUUAUGGAGCUUUAUGGUGAUAUUAGGUGGACUGGCAACACAAUACUGGCAUAUUGCCGUCACCAGAUUGGCAAUUGCGUUUUUUGAAGGGGCAUUUACUGCAUUCGCAGUUAGUCUUAUUGGCAGCCAUUUUUCUUCUGAUAUGCGUUCAAUGGCAAUGGGAAUCUUUAUGUGGGGAGUAUACUUUGGUUAUAGUUCAGCAUUUAUGUUAAAAUUUGCUGCCAAUAUAUAUAGUUGGAGAAUAGUGUAUUUCAUGACUGGUAUUCCUGGAAUUAUUUUUGCUGUCAUUACAUAUUGCACAGUAUCUGAUCCGGUUGUAGAGCACCUUGAUUAUGAAUCAAGCUCAUCAUCUCAAAAACUAAAAGAAGAAAAAAAAACCUCCUCGCUGUCACCAGCUCCAUUAUUCAAUCAUCUGUACAUUGUAUUGGUCUUAGCUGGGUCCAUUCGCUGUGCAGGGGGGCAUACAUUCAAUUACAACAUCCACAAUUACGUCAACUAUUUUUACCCAGGUUAUCCAAUAGAAAGGUUCCUUAGUUGGAUACCUGCUGUUACGGGAGUUGCUGGCACCCUUGUUGGAGGCAUAUGGGCUGAUAGAUUAUCCAUUCAGAUGAAGCAAGGGUUCAUGGGAAGGUUGACUGUUAUUCUUUUUACAUUGGUUUUAUCAACACCGCUUUCUAUGUUGAUACUAUUCUCAGAUCCGCCAUGGUUUUUUCUUUUCAUGAUCCCAUGUUAUCUUUUAAAUGAGUGUUUGGGUGGAAUUCUCAUGACUGCUAUAUUGGAGCAGGCACCAGUCAGGCAACAGGUAGUUUCCGUGGCAAUAUACUCUUUUUCACUCAACAUCCUUGGUGGUAAUAUCACUUUACUAGUACCUAUGCUAAGGGCUGCAUGGGGAUGGCAG